UAGUGGCAGAUGAUAAAAUAAAUUAUCAGUAAUUACUUGAAAGAACUUUGAAUAAAUUUUGUUUUAUACAAAUGCUUUAAACGCCGUGACGCGAUGUGGUUAUCUUCAAAUUUUGUAGCUUUUUCGGCGUUCGCACUUAUUUUGUUAGCUUCAAAUUACUGUUUUAGUUAUGUGAUAAGAGACAAAAGUGUGCUUGUAGGGGAAAGCAAAUCCUUCUCACCUUAUUUCGCAGCUUUUAGUGAAGAUUACAAAAAGAAGAUGAGAGAAUACGAGAGAUUAAGGCAACAAUUAAUGCACUUUAAAAUGAUUGACUGGAAUGUGGUAGUUUUGACAGGAAUUGGUUCAGAUUCUUCCUCUCAAGACUGAUCAAUCAAGUCUUUUGUAACAAUAUAGGAAGUAGGAUAAUAAGUCUAUGUUUGAAUAAAUUGAAACGCCAAUAAAUGAGAUCUGAAAAUAAUAAAUUACAAGUGUAACGUCUUGAAACUGUAGACAAUAUUUCAAUAGAG